CUGACGAUUCACCAUACAACUCUACGCUUCAGGAUCGGAUAACCCAUUUAAAACAGUUUUGUAAAUAUCAUCCAAAUAUAUAUUCCAACAGAAAGCUUAUACACGAACCUCUAGUUGACAAAAUAUUUCGUGUAAAAUACUGUUGGAUAGAAAAAGUUGGUUCAUCAUUUAUGAAAAGUUUCUUUAAACAAUUCCAUAAAUACACACUGGAAAGAAAUACAACACUUCACCACCAAUCGAAGCAUGGCAGUAUGGACAAAGACUUAAAUCAACAACACAAGGGAGAUAACUUCACAAGGAUAAUGAUAGUACGAGAUCCUUUCGAAAGACUCUUAUCUGGAUACAUAGAUAAGUUUUUUUUGCCUAGUCCAAUAUUUUGGAAAAAGAGGGGCAAGUAUAUUAUAAAACAAUUUAGACCUAAUUCGUCAGUGAAGGAACAAGCAUGUGGACACAAUGUUACGUUCUUAGAAUUUAUGCAGUAUGUCGUCCAUGUUACUAGUCGAGAAAAGAACAUGGAGGAACCACACUUUACGCCAAUGCACACACACUGUAAACCUUGUUUGAUCCGUUACGAUUAUGUAUGGAAACUUGAGACAAUAAUGCAGGAUUUUAAACAUACUAUCGAACAUCUUAUAUAUAUGAAAGAUCUCCAUAUCGAUGGUUUCAAUUUCCGAAUGGACAAAGAACAUUUAUCUUCGGAUGUUAUCUCUAGAAUUGCGUUCAUGUUUGAACGGAGAUAUGACAUUGAAAAAUGUAUAACUUUCUACGAAGCCUGUUUGAGAACUUGGCGAGGAUUUCAAAUGAGAGGAGUUAUUGACAAAAUCCACAACUUCCCCCUUUUGUCACUUCCGGAAGAUUUCAAUGUUACGAUGUACAAAGACCUUGUUCUAAAAUCAUCGAAUUCGAUCGAAUACAAUUCUAAAGUCAGAAGUCAGAAAGAGGAGGCAUUUCUAGAGUCAUACAGUUUGUUGCCAUUGGAACUUUUAGAUCGACUUGAAAGAUCAGUUACUAACAUUGAUUGUGAAAUGUUCAACUAUAGACAAAGUCUCAAGAUAUUGUUGCAGGAUUACAAAAGAGAUAAUUUUAGUUAUUUUGACUUUCUAUAGCUAGAUUUCUAAAAAUAGUUAAAGUUUCGUCUUAAAUUAAGACAAAGUUUUGUAAUUUGACAGCAAUAUAAACUACAUAAUAUAUAUAUAAUUCGUCUCAAAUU